UCGCUGUAAGCUGUCACACAGUAGUUGUGGCGAAAGCAAGAGAAACCCUUUCCGCACGCGCGCACCCAACUGUUGCGCUACCCGGACAAACGACACGGCAGAAAAACAACGUUAUAUUUACCUGACAGCAACUUCCACAUACUCUACGGAUAAUUAUUCUCUCCUGUUUCUGCAAUGGCUGAUAUCAUACAAAGCAACGAGCAGUCCUCAUCUGACGUUGCAAAUCGAUUCGCCCGUAAAGGUGCUUUGAGGCAGAAAAACGUCCAUGAAGUGAAAAACCACAAAUUUAUUGCGAGGUUUUUCAAGCAGCCGACUUUCUGCAGUCACUGCACUGACUUUAUUUGGGGGUUUGGGAAGCAAGGAUUUCAGUGCCAAGUGUGCUGCUUUGUGGUCCAUAAACGUUGCCAUGAAUUUGUCACAUUCUCAUGCCCUGGAGCUGAUAAAGGGCCAGACACAGAUGACCCUAGGAGCAAGCACAAAUUUAAGAUCCACACCUAUGGCAGUCCCACAUUCUGUGACCACUGUGGAUCUCUUCUAUAUGGACUCAUACACCAAGGAAUGAAAUGUGACUCCUGUGAUACGAACGUCCAUAAGCAGUGUGUGAUGAACGUGCCAAGCCUUUGUGGAAUGGACCACACAGAGAGACGAGGACGUCUUUACUUGAAGAUCGAGGUGAUAGAAGAAAAAAUGCAUGUCACAGUGGGGGAAGGCAAGAACAUGAUUCCAAUGGACCCGAAUGGAUUGUCUGAUCCAUAUGUAAAACUCAAGUUGAUUCCAGACCCUAAAAAUGAGACAAAACAGAAAACGAAAACCAUCCGUUCUUCCCUGAAUCCGGCUUGGAACGAGUCAUUUACAUUUAAACUGAAGCCAGCAGAUAAGGACCGUCGGCUGUCUGUGGAGGUGUGGGACUGGGACAGAACCACCCGUAAUGAUUUCAUGGGCUCAAUGUCUUUUGGUGUGUCUGAGCUCAAGAAAUCCUCAGUGUGUGGAUGGUAUAAAGUGUUAAACCAGGAGGAGGGGGAGUACUACAAUGUGCCCAUUCCAGAUGAAGAUGAUGAGAAUACUGAGCUCCGACAGAAGUUUGAGAAAGCCAAAUUGGGUCCAUCCAAAAGAGCCACCACUCCUUUGGAUGAUAGUGGGUCCACUUUACCCUCAAGCAGUAUGGACAGAGUCAAACUCACAGACUUUAAUUUCUUGGCAGUGUUGGGAAAAGGCAGUUUUGGAAAGGUGAUGCUGGCUGAGAUGAAGUCUACUGGUGAACUAUUUGCUAUAAAGAUCCUUAAGAAGGAUGUGGUCAUCCAGGAUGAUGAUGUUGAAUGCACCAUGGUGGAGAAGCGGGUUCUGGCUCAGCAGGACAAACCUCCAUUCCUCACCCAGCUUCACUCCUGCUUUCAGACUGUGGAUCGUCUGUAUUUCGUGAUGGAGUAUGUUAAUGGUGGUGAUCUGAUGUACCACAUCCAGCAAGUGGGCAAAUUUAAGGAGCCACAAGCGGUGUUCUACGCUGCAGAGAUUGCUGUUGGACUUUUUUUCUUGCACAAGAAAGGAGUCAUAUACAGGGAUCUGAAAUUAGAUAAUGUCAUGCUGGAUGCAGAGGGUCAUAUUAAGAUUGCAGACUUCGGUAUGUGCAAGGAGAACAUUGUGGAGGGUGUGACCACCCGUACAUUUUGUGGAACGCCAGACUACAUCGCUCCAGAGAUAAUAGCAUAUCAGCCGUAUGGCCGUUCUGUGGACUGGUGGGCUUAUGGAGUGCUGCUGUACGAGAUGCUGGCGGGACAGCCUCCAUUUGAUGGUGAGGAUGAAGACGAACUUUUUCAGUCCAUUAUGGAGCACAACGUCUCCUACCCUAAAUCCAUGUCCAAAGAAGCAGUUUCCAUCUGCAAAGGGCUGAUGACAAAACACUCUUCAAAGCGUCUGGGCUGCAGCCCAGAGGGGGAAAGAGAUAUUAGGGAACAUGCUUUCUUCCGUCGGAUUGACUGGGAACGCCUGGAAAACAGAGAAAUACAGCCUCCAUUCAAACCCAAAGUGUGUGGAAAGGGGGCAGAGAACUUUGACAAGUUCUUCACACGCACACAGCCACAACUGACCCCUCCUGAUGAGCUGGUUAUCGCCAACAUCGACCAGGCUGAAUUUGAUGGAUUUUCCUUCAUCAACCUUCAAUUCAUCCAUCCCUCCAUCAUCAACAGUGAAUAAAAUGGGAAAAAGAGGGAAUGAAUGUGAAUCUACCUACUACCCCAAAACUCUGCCCUUGCCUUUACCCUUUUAUCUAACAAAUGUUAAAUCAAAACCACAACUCACGUCUUAAAUUAUGUCCAGUCUUUUUUUGUUUUGUUUUGUUAAAAAAUCGAGCAAUUCUUCUUCACUUUUUUCACAUCAUUUCAAUGUAGGCCAGUCGAAGAGUUUACCUUAAUGAUUGAAAAUAGAUUGAGAGAUUU